UUUAAGUGCAAACCACACCUCUCCCCUCUCUCUCUCUCUCUUUCUCUCCUCUCUCCUCUCUCUCACUUCGAUCCAGGAUUGGAAGACAAUCCUAUAGAGGAUUAGUGCCCCCUCUUCCCCUCUCCUGCUCUUUAAUCCACCCUCACUAGUAGAUAAUUAGGGAUUAGCUUGAAGAUAAGUACACCCAUGGAGCAGCUUGAUCCUCUUCUUGCACCUGACUCUAAGGCCGCCACGUCCUCCUUGUGCCUCACCUUGGACAACCCAGCCUCCACAUCUGCCUCGCCGGCGCCGGCGGCAUCCCCGGCGGCCUUGGAACCUUCUAGACAAUCCUUCCAUGAGAGGGAAACGGAUGCAAUCAAAGCCAAGAUCAUGUCUCACCCGCUCUAUCCGGCUCUCCUGAGAGCCUUCAUAGAUUGCCAGAAGGUCGGAGCUCCGCCGGAGGUCGUCGGCCGGCUAUCCGCCCUCGCCGGCGAGCUCGACUCUCGUUCAGAAGACAGACACCAAGGGCCGUCGUCAGACCCAGAGCUCAACGAGUUCAUGGAAACCUACAUUGAUGUGCUGGUGAGCUACAGGCAGGAGCUAACGCGACCAAUCCAAGAGGCCGACCAGUUCUUCAGAAACAUGGAGGCGCAGAUCGACUCAUUUACGCUAGGUGCAGAUGACAACGGCUCUGAAGGCGCCAAUUCCUCGGAAGACGAGCAGGAGGCCGCCGGCGACAUGGCCGGAUUGCCGGAGAUCACCAGUCCCUGCGCGGAGGACAAGGAGCUGAAGAGCCACCUCCUCAACAAGUACAGCGGCUACCUGAGCAGCCUAUGGAGGGAGCUCUCCAAGAAGAAGAAGAAAGGCAAGCUGCCCAGGGACGCUCGCCAGAAGCUCCUCCACUGGUGGCAGCUCCAUUACAGAUGGCCCUACCCAUCGGAGCUGGAGAAGGCGGCGCUGGCGGAGUCGACGGGGCUGGACGCGAAGCAGAUCAACAACUGGUUCAUCAACCAGCGGAAGCGGCACUGGAAGCCGACGCCGCCCGCGGCCAUGGAGUACCGGUCGUCGUUGCAGCCGGGCGCCAGCUACGGCGGCGGCGCCGGUGGUGGUGCUUCCACGAGCAGCUCUUCCGCCGCCGUCCGCGGCAUGGAAGGGCAGCACCAGCACUUCACCGGAGGAGGGAGCGCGUACCCGCGCGGUGGCCCGUGACGAGAUGCAUGGCCGCAUGCUCAGUUCAGUACAUUUAUGCAUGCAUGGUGUGGGUUUGCUGGUGUGCUUAACAGUAUAACGAUUUGGUCUCAUCAUACAUAUGCUACAUAUAUAUACACAACAUAUAUAGUUAUAUACAUACAUAUAUAUACAUGCAUCUAGCUAAUUAAUGCCAAGUUUAAUUAGUUAAUUGUAAAGGGGUGUAAUGUAGUAACAUGGAAUGUUUCACUAGCUAACGCGCACACACAUAUAUGAUUCAGUA